GGGAGAGAGAGGGGAAAGCAGACAGGCGCUGAGAAAUAAAGCACACGCUGAGAGAGAGAGGGAGAGAGAGAGGUAGAGCAAGAAGAGGAGGAGAAGGCGCACUUCUGGGACGCUCCUGCCGCCGUGCGCGCUCAGAUGGAGGGGGCUGAGGCGCAUCUGAGCUCUUAAUCCCGUCCCGUCCGUCCGUCCAUUCCAUCCUUCCUUCUGCGUAAAGUUUGGAGGCUCUGCGUCCGAAUGGGUUCCGCGCUCGUGGGCCACAGCCUGGGCUUCCUGCUCUUCAGCUCGCUGCUCAGCGUCAUGUGCGCUCUGGUUGAGGCUGACGACGUUCUCACUAAAGAAGAGCAGAUUUAUCUGCUGUUUAAUGCCAAGAGGAAGUGUGAGCGAGCCAUUAAAUCCAGGCACAGAAUACCCGAGGGUUUCUGUCUGCCUGAGUGGGAUGGAAUCGUUUGUUGGCCUGAAGGUGCUCCUGGAAGAACCGUCUCCACUGCUUGCCCUGAAUACAUCUAUGACUUUAACCAUAAAGGUCAUGCCUACAGGAGGUGUGACCUGAAUGGAAGUUGGGAACUGGCCACGAGUAACAACAAAACCUGGGCCAACUACAGCGAGUGUGCAAAGUUCCUCAGCCACUACAACCAGAGCCAGGAGAGGGAGGUGUUCGACCGGCUCUACCUCAUCUACACCAUCGGCUACUCCAUCUCCCUCGGCUCUCUCAUGGUGGCUGUGGUCAUCUUAGGAUACUUCCGGCGGCUGCACUGUACCAGGAACUACAUCCACAUGCACCUGUUUGUGUCGUUCAUGCUGAGGGCCAUCAGUAUCUUUGUGAAGGACGUGGUGUUGUACUCUGGAGUGGCGCUGGAGGAGACGGAUCGGGUCACCGUGGAGGAUCUGAAGUCCAUCACCGAGGCUCCGCCCGCCAAUAAGGCUCAGUUUGUGGGCUGUAAGAUUGCGGUCACCCUCUUCUUGUACUUUCUGGCCACAAACUACUACUGGAUCUUGGUGGAGGGCCUGUAUCUGCACAGCCUCAUCUUCAUGACCUUCUUCUCCGACAGGAAGUACCUCUGGGGCUUCACUCUGAUUGGAUGGGGUGUGCCAGCCAUGUUUGUGACCGUGUGGGCCAGCGUCCGAGCCACUCUGGCCGACACUGAGUGUUGGGACCUCAGUGCAGGCAACCUGAAAUGGAUUGUUCAAAUCCCCAUUCUGACAGCCAUCGUGGUCAAUUUCUUGUUGUUCUUGAACAUCAUACGAGUUCUGGCGACGAAGCUACGAGAAAGCAAUGCGGGAAGAUGCGACAGCAGGCAGCAGUACAGGAAGCUGUUGAAGUCCACGCUGGUCCUGAUGCCGCUGUUCGGCGUCCACUACAUCGUGUUCAUGGCCAUGCCGUACACAGAGGUGUCCGGCGUGCCCUGGCAGAUACAGAUGCAUUACGAAAUGCUCUUCAACUCCUUCCAGGGCUUCUUUGUUGCUAUUAUAUACUGCUUCUGCAAUGGAGAGGUCCAGGCAGAGAUUAAGAAGUCGUGGAGCAGGAGGACCUUAGCGCUGGACUUUAAGAGAAAAGCCCGCAGCGGCAGUAACACGUACAGUUACGGGCCGAUGGUUUCUCACACCAGUGUGACCAACGUGACGGCUCGCGGCCCGCUGGCUCUUCACCUGACCACCCGGCUGGGGCCGGUCACCAACGGCCACCGGAACCUCCCUGGCUACGUGAAGAACGGCUCUGUUUCAGAACAGUCCAUCCCCUCCUCCGGCCAGGAGCUCCACAUCCAGGAGGAGGAGCCGUCAAAGAGCGUCCAGGAGGACAACAAACCUACACCAUUGGUGGAGGAGGAGAGGGAGACGGUCAUGUGACCCUGGGAGCUUCGGUAGAGGUCAUGUGACUCUAGGAGCUUCAGUAGAGGUCAUAUGACUUCCAGAACUUCGGAUGAGGUCACACUCUAGGAGCUUCGGUGAAGGUCGUAUGACUUUGGGGACUUCAGCCGAGGUCAUGUGACCCUGAAAGCUUCCGCUGAGGUCAUUUGAGUCUGGAAGCUUUAGCUGGGGUCAUGUCAGGGUCUUUCAGUGGUCAUGUGACUGGGAACGUUUGCAGAAGCCACAUGACUCUGGAAGCUUCAGCAAAGAAAAUGGAUGCUGCGUGUUUAUUGUGAGAUUUAGAGUGAGAUAAAGAGCGUAAGAAGAGCCUUCAUUCCUCAGGAUGUCCUUCAGAGCUGGAGUUUGCUGACCUGCAGCUAAACGCUAAUGGCCAAAGGCUUAAGGCUAAAGGCCAAAUGUGAUGAUGGCUGUCGUUUAGAUGAGCCCUCAUGUCCUUAAUGGACAAAAAGGAACUAUGGAGACCAGGUCGACGUCACCAGCAGCAUUUGGAGGACAAAAAUCAGACUAUUUUCCUUUUGUUUUCUGAGAAAUUCUGUUGCGGAUUAGCUGUAAUGCUAAUAUGUAAUAUACUGUAUGUAUUUUUGAACAUGUGGCGCAUUUCGAAGGAAAAACAAGCAGGUCAACUUUCAGGUUCAUCUCAUCUCCAUUGAAUAAGGCAUCGUUGAGCUUCUCAUGGGCUUAAUCCAAAUGUUUGUGUUUGUGUUAAAGUGAUAGUCAAACUUGCACCAUUUCCCUCCUUGCCCCAAAGGUCAGAGAUCGGCCGAGGUAUGUUUGUACUGAACAUACUAAAUACUUUAAUAGAGAAUUUUAGUUCAGUCUUGUUAUCAGCUGCCUGUCAGGUUCAACAUGGCUUCAAAUAACGAGGCUUUUAUCAUAGAAGAACUUUCAGUCUGGAUUACAGAACUAAAGCGCUUCAGGCAGUAAAUACAGCGUUUAAAGGAAAGAGGCAAAGCAAACCGAAACGGUUGGCUAGCAUGUAGUUACACAGCACGUGUUAGCUAGCUUGUGUACCAUUUUUGGGAAAUUAGCAAUCACAUUAGCUAGCAUAUGUGCUACCCAAACUACCUGGUUAUCAAACAGAUAUUAACCCAGCGGCACGAUAUUUUUGGAACUCUGCUGACUGUAUGCUGCUGUUGGUCGACCAACCGACCAUCCAGAUCAUCAUCCAUUAUACAAGAGCACGUGGAUAACUUUAAGUAGUCCCAACUAGUUUUGUAAUCUCCUGUGACCAUUUUUAAAUACAAGAACUUUUAUUAUGAAACAUUAAAUGACGACCUUAGAAGACCAUUAAGAAAAAUGGAACUAAAACUUUGUUUUUUUUUACUUUACCAGAUUCUUCUCUGCUCUCUCACAUAUAUAAUUAACCGCCUGCUAUGAGGUUUCAGGGAGAGAAAUUAAGAAAAUGCAUUUUAAAAAAUGAUUUGUAUGUUUUUUAAAAUGUUUAAAAAAAAGCUUAUUAUUUGAAGCUGUACUGAACCUGAUGAUUAUAAUGGCUGCUCAUGACUGUAGCAAAACUGAUCGGAAAGUAAACGCAUUAAUUUAUUUACUGCAUUAAGAUCGGUGCUCAAAAUUGAAUCAACUUUAGUUUUUUUUGUUUGUUUUUCUCGGACUGAAAUUUCACAACUCUUCGGUAUCGAGUCGGAGUUGAGUCAUGAGUUAUGAACAGAAGUUUUCAUCAUACACACUUAAAAAAGAUGCUUCUUCAAGGGUUCUGUAGUAAAGAAAAUGGUUCUGUAUAGUACCAUGAACACUCAAAGAACUCUUUGCACGAUUAAAGACAUCUUAGCGUCAUGAUUCUCCAGAUUGAUGAAGAAUGUGCUGUAGAUGGUUCUAUAUAGAACCUUUUUGAAAAGGAUUCUAAAUAGCACCAAAAAAAGGGGUUUUCUACUGUUACAAUGUCAAGCUUUUUGGUGCUGUAUAGAACCGUAUUUAACACAUUCUCCAUCAAUCUGAAGAACCAUUACACCAUGCAAAGAACCAUUUAAGCAUGCAAAGAGUUCUUUGGGUGUUCUUAGCUCUAUUUACAAUCAUUUUCUUUACUAAAGAACCCUUGAAGAACCACUGUGUGUAGUUUUGCACUAAAGUAGCCUACAGGUGAUAGAAGCCUAAACUCCACCAAUUAGCAUGGUGCUAACCGCAGGCCUAGAUCAUCACAUGCUCUCCUCAAACCGUGUGGAGGUGUUCAGUAUCUCUAAUAGACUGCAGUAUUUGGUAUCUGACACUGUAGGAUACACUGUUCUCUACAAACAUGGACCAGAAUAGUGUUAGAACCCACAUAAUCAGGUCUGUUAGAGAUUAGAUAGAACUCAACAUGGCCUGAGGUGAGCGUGAGAUGAUGGAGGAGAAGUUUGCUAACCUGUGCGAUCUGUUGUAGCUCAUUAACGUGCAUUGGUGGGGUGGAAGCUUCCAUUGUUAGCUUUGCCUUCAGCUCCUAAAAAUAAAGAAUUUCUUCAUCCACUUCAUUUGGGGUGAGGGGAAAAUGUUCUACUGAGCUGUCGCUUUAGCGCUCAUCGUGAAGCCGUAUUACCUGGGACUGCUCUAAUGGGCUCUGACGUUUGUCAGACCACAGAUGACUAGUUCUGCCCAGUUCCACCAGAACAAACCUGGUACGUUUUGAAGCUACUGGCCAAGUUCUUUAAAUGAAAAUGUGACCUUUCUGAAAUUUUUCUUGGCCUUGAGCUGCCCAGACGCUCAUUGUGUCCCUUGUAGUCCCAGACAGGGAUCACUGUACCAAAACUUCAGCCUGCCAGCCGCGGUUCCUGAGUAGAACUCUAAUGUCUUUUAGGCUGAGCUUUGUGUUUUUGCAAAUUCUUGCCAAGCUGUCUGUCCAGUUCAGUCUGUAAGUGUGUUAUACUCAAACAUGAAGGUGCCAAAAAGGGUCCUUUAUAGCGGUGCUAUAGAAGAACCACUUUUGGUCGCCUACAGACCCUUCGGGUGUGUGCUUCUUUAAAAGGAAAUUCCAAAAUUGUUCAUAAUUGAGUGGUUCGGUGUGAAAUGGUUCAGAUGUCUUUACAGUGGUGGUGAUAGGAACCAGGGGUCGCCAUGACUACAACACAAAUAUAGACAUUUUAUUUACUAUCCAGAACCACCAGUGAACCUACACGAGUCUUCUGAUUUUAUAUGGAAUGUUGAUGAUGGAAAAUAGUGGAACAUCUGAAAUUAUCUAGUUUGGGAUCUAUUUUGCCUCAUAACACCCUGCAUAUUAUGUAUCCCUCCACCAUGAAUGUGUUUUAAAGGCGAAAUCUUCUCAAAACU